CUCCAACUCAUCAGCAAUAAACUCCAUCGCCGUUGUACCUCGGAUUCCUCACCCACGCCUUUAGUAAUCUCCUCUUCUUGGACUAAACCCAUCAUCGAAACUCUCAAAUACAUCCGCAAUGGCUGCAAUCUUCUCCGGAGCACCUCCGCAAAGCGGUCCCGGCUACUCGUUCAAGCAGACCCCCACAGCAGCUCCGUCGGGCGAGCGACAGCACGGCUUCUACCCCUAUACCGACAACGGCGGUUCCACACUUGGAAUCUCCGGCGCCGACUUCACCAUCCUCGCCGGCGAUACUCGCUCAACGCACGGCUACAACAUCAACACGCGGUACGCACCGAAGCUCUUCAAGAUUGGCGGUGAGGGACCAGACAACAAGGGUGCACGGAUAGUACUCUCAGUGGUCGGCUUCGCAGCCGACGGCGAUGCGCUGAAGGAGCGUCUGGACACUAUCGUCAAGAUGUAUAAAUACCAGCACGGAAAGCCCAUGUCGGUCGCCGCCUGCGCACAGCGGCUGAGCCAUAUUCUCUACAACAAGCGAUUCUUCCCGUACUACGUGCAUGCUAUCCUUGGUGGUCUGGAUGAGGAGGGCAAGGGCGCGCUAUACUCGUAUGACCCGGUCGGCAGCUACGAGAGAGAGCAGUGUAGGGCGGCUGGUGCGGCGGCGUCACUCAUCAUGCCGUUCUUGGAUAACCAGGUCAACUUCAAGAAUCAGUAUAUGCCAGGCAGCGGGUCCGGACACGAGCUUCAGGCGAAGGAGGCAGCGCCGCUGCCGCAGAAUCAUGUCGAGGACCUUGUGAGGGAUGCGUUCACAAGUGCGGUGGAGAGGCAUAUCGAGGUUGGUGACGGGCUGCAGAUGAUGAUCAUUACGCGGGACGGCAUACAAGAGACGUUCACACCGCUGAAGAAGGAUUAGAGCGAUUGCUGGGUCGAGGCAUUAUGGUGACCAACGAUUGGGGAUACAGAGAAGAUGGAUCUGUACGAAUAGCAUAAUAUGGUGCUAAGGGUUGGAAGCAAUAACAUGGUCUCGGUCCACUGACACCGAUGCAUUGACCACGAAGUGUGUGUCCUUCCCGGUGGUAUCCAUGGAAAGAUGGCGUCCACGAAAGCCAACGGACAAAGUAUACAUUCUUCUCUGCUCUCACCCUCCACUUAUAAUGUCAUCUUGCCGACCUUUCCAUCUCGUCUUCCACUUUUGCACGUCCUCCUACACCGCUCGAUCAGCGCCUUACAGCAAUUCGUUCACAGUUAGUAGUCUAUACCAAUGAUUCGAAGGCUUCUCUU